AUCUGCUCACCUAUCAGUCCCUCUCAUUCCCUUAGAUUUCUUCCCCCCCUCCCAUCUCUUCCGUUAAUCUCGCCGUUUCUUUUAAUACAAAACCCAAUCUAAACUCUUACUUUUCCUCCCUAAACUCCAAAACAUCCCCACCACCAUGCCUCCGGCCACCGCCCUCUUUCUACUCUCACUCCUCUUCUCCCCUUCCAUCUCCUUCCCCUUCGACACGGCUUACCAUAUAGACUGCGGCAGCUCCACCACCACCACCGAUAAAUUCAACACCACUUGGUUAUCCGACCGUUACUUCACCGCCGGUUCUAACGGUCUUGUUUCUGAACCGCUUCUCUUCCAAUCGUUCCAUGAGAAGACGCUCCGUUACUUUCCUAUCUCAUCCGGUAAAAAGAAUUGCUACAUUUUCCCGGAGCUUCCUUCCGGGCGAUACUAUCUUCGGACUUUCACUGUCUAUGAUAACUACGACGGCAAAUCUCAUUCUCCGAGUUUUGACCUGUCGGUCGAGGGAACUUUGGUAUUCUCUUGGCGGUCGCCGUGGGAAGAAGACAUCAGCCGUUACGGUGCUUACUCGGAUCUUAUAUUUUUUACUUCCGAUGGUGACGCCGAUGUGUGUUUUUACAGCAUUGCUACUGAUCCUCCGGUGAUCGGUUCUCUAGAACUUAUCCAGAUCGAUCCAGCUUCGUAUGACCCUGUUUUGACCGGUAACGACUCUUCAAUUCUCGUGAAUUAUGGCCGGUUGACUUGUGGUUCGGGCCAAUGGGGGCCAGGGUUUAGCAACGACACCGACGUUUUCGGCCGCGCGUGGCAAUCUGACGCUAAAUUCCGGUCGGCGAACUCCAUAGGGAUUAAAUCGGUUACGGCGGUGAGAAACGUGAUCAAUACGGAUACGAGUCCUAACUAUUUUCCUGCAAAAUUGUACGAUUCCGCCGUGACCUUGACGGGAAAAGGAAAUUUGGAAUACGAAUUGCCUGUGGAUGCAAAACUUGAUUAUCUGGUUUGGCUUCACUUCGCUGAAAUUGAUGUGAGCGUAAAUCAAAAGGGGAAAAGAGUGUUUGACGUGAUCAUAAAUGAUGAAAAUGUCACCAGAAUCGAUAUAUUCAAAGAAGUUGGGGGUUUUGCUGCGUAUAGUUAUCAUUAUGUAGCUAAGAAUUUGAGUAGUACUCCAUUGAUUGUGAAGCUUGUACCUGUCAUUGGAUCACCGUUACUUUGUGGGCUUGAAAAUUACGCCAUUGUUCCAGCUGAUGUCAUGACUGUGCCUGAGCAAGCUUCUGCUAUGCAAGCACUAAAGGAGUCAUUACGCGUUCCUGAAAGAAUGGGUUGGAAUGGUGAUCCUUGUGCUCCUACUAAUUGGGAUGCUUGGGAGGGUGUUACUUGUCAUCCCAAUAAGGAUGAAUCUGCUCUUGUUAUCUUCCAGAUAGAUCUUGGGAGCCAAGGUUUGAAAGGCUACAUUAGUGAUAAAAUUGAUCUUCUCACUAACUUGGUAAGCUUGAACUUAAGCUCUAACUCAUUAGGAGGCACUCUACCAGCAGGGUUGGGGCAAAAUUCUCUUAAGAAACUGGAUUUAUCCAACAAUCUGAUUUCUGGGUCCAUACCAGAUAGUUUAACUUCUUCAAAUCUACAACUCGUGCUCUUAAAUGGUAACAAACUUGAAGGACAAGUGCCAGAAGAGCUUUACUCAGUUGGUGUCCAUGGUGGAGCUAUCGACCUUUCUGGUAACAAAGGAUUAUGUGGUGUACCUUCUUUGCCAGAUUGUCCCAUGUUUUGGAAAAACGGCGGCCUAUCAAACAGCGGUAAAAUUGCAGUAGGCGUAUCAUGUGGUGUCCUGUUUUUAUUUGUGGCGGUGAUUAUAUACAUUUGCAUAAGAAGACGCCGCAAUGACUACGACUUUGGUCUACCUCAAGAGUUGAUGUCACUUGCGGCAAAGAGGAAUAAGUAUCAGAGACAAAAAUCAUUGAUGGCUCUUGAAAUGGAGAGUCAACAUGCAAAAGGGUUUAUACCGAGUUAUAAUUGAAAUUAACUUUAUUUGUGAUAUAGCAUAAUGGUCAACAGGACUGGACUACAAAGGGAGGAAGUGAUUCGAUUCUUGCCACCCGGCUGACUAAAAACUCAUUAACCAACUUGUCAAUAUGAUACGAUGUGAUGUUCGUGUUUUUUUUUUUUUUUU